AUGGUCAAGAAACAGAGAACGCCUACUCUUUGCGAGUGGGCCCUGGGCUUCACCGUUGAGGAGAUACACGCCCAGCAGCAGCGUCGUCGACAGAAGCAAGCGAGCCGCAGCAGACAGGAGCGCUUCCGGGUUGAAAUUUCCACCGACGACGAGUCUGAGGAAGACACGCUCAAGAUCACAUACCCGCGUUCUAGUGGCGCCAAAAAGACCGAUACGAUGGUGAAGAAGGUCCGAUUCGAGAAGGAGCUUGGCAAGUCCGUCAUCAGGAAGAGAUCCGACUCGGAAGCCUCCGAUGCUGAAGGAUCCAGAUCUAAGAGUAAGACGACUGAGGAUUCUGUUAAGAGCUCUGACUCGUCCAAGUCUUCUAAGAAGACGUCUGGUGAUAAGUCAGCCGACAAGGCUUCAGCCAAGAACAGGAAGACCAAAAAAAAAGCCAAGUUGGCCAAAGGAGACGACUCAUCUAGCUCCGAUGAAGAGACGUUGAAUGAUAAGAAAAAUAAGAACGGGAAGAAGGACAAGUCCAGUUCUGCCGUUGCUGACGACUCGUCCGACUCGGAGAACGCAGAAUCCGACAAGAAAAAGCACGAUAAAAGUCAAACCGACAGAAAGAAUAAACAUUCGAAAAGAAGAGUGGGUAGGGAAGACGAAGCAAGCGAUAAGAACUCUGACUGCGAAGAUGAGUCCCAGAAGAAAAAGAUCAAGAAGAAGGGUGAAAAGUCCGACAAGAACUCCAAGCCCAAGGACAAGAAGGACAAGGCUGUCGUUAAGGACAACAAUGUCGGACCGAUGAGCAAGAAAGAUCGAAAGGCCAAGGAGAGAAAGAAGAACGGGCCUUCAUCCGUGGCUUCGAGCUUCGAAAAGCUAAGGCCCGAAGGCUUUCCCCAGCCGCAUCCACGACUACCCAACCUUAUCAUGCCAAUUCGCGCCGAGGUCCUGCAGGUCGAACACGCCAUUGAGGGGGCCGAAGAUCCUCGACCGAAUGCCUACCAUAGCGGUGAGCAUGGCAUUGAUACGUUUGCGGGUAGGAGGGGGUCUCAUGGGCCCAUAAAGCAAAUGUCGCCGCCCUUCAUGUCCGGUGCGCUGAAUGGCGGCAUCCCCUCAAUGACAGCUGGGGACAAGGACAGAGCUUGGGACACCAAAACUGGACCGCCGGUUAGCGCUAAGCAGGUAUCCCCUUCACUUCCUAUAAACAUUAACAUGUACUCGUAUGCGGCUCGACCUGAUCCAUGGACCAAGGAGGGCCGGGAGAGGUACGCAAAUCUGGGCAAAGGCCCGGGGAAGUCCAAAAGCGGCAUUCCCCCUGGCACCAAGGACUACUGGGACGGGAGCCUACAAAAUAACAUGGGCCCUGCCAUGUAUAAUCGCGAUGAGGCUCGGCAAGGAAGUACAAACGGCAGCAAUAACAGCAACGACCGCUCGAGGGCAAAGCAUCAGGACCUAUCUUGGGGCCCUACGCACGUGAAAGCCUUUGCUGACAGGAACGGUCAGGGCAGACCUGAUUGGAAGCAGACUGAUGGACAUAGUGAUAUCCGUAAUGAAAGCCAGAACGGAUCCAACAGAGCCACAUGGACUGCGAACAACGAUUCAUCCCGGGCUGGCGCGAAUGGUGGAGAGUGGGGUGCCACCAGCAAUGGUCACAGUAACGAAAAUGAAACAGAUUGGAACCGCAACUGGGACAAUAACACCAACAAGCAAUGGGCUACUAGUUCCAACAAUUCCAAAGGCUCAAAGACGUCGAAUCGCAGCGCGGCGAAACCGCAGGCUGACGCCUGGUGUGAUUCGAGCAAUAAUGUCGGCUGCAGCAGCGGCAAUUCGAACAAGUCGGGUGGUUCUGGGGGUUCGAAGAAGUCCAGCAAAUCGCAGAAACUGACUGCGGAUGCUGAAGAUUGGACUAACAAUGCCGGCCCAGUUGGUGCACCUGGAGACGCCGCUGGUUCUGGCCACGUCUGGGGCCCGACAGACGACUGGAGCAAGGGCAACACUGGUGGUGACGACCCUUCGAGCAAGAUGCCGGGAGCUUGGGAUUCAACGCCCAAUAAGGAGCAGAAUGGUGGCUUCCCUUGGGGCGAUACCACGGCGGCGCAAGCCGUCCCGGACACGCAGUGGUAG